AUGGACACAUUACCUGUCGAAAUAAUCCAUCGUAUUUUCGAUCAUCUCGAUGCACAAACAAUUCUAUUUUCAAUACGGUGUCUGUCGCGAUCAUUUCGAUCAAUCGUCAAUUCUUAUGAAAGAUUUACAUUGGAUCUAAAAGGAUUAUCUCAACAAGAUUUUCAUCUUCUUUGUCGUUUAAUCAAACCAGAAAACGUUAUUUCAUUAUCACUUUCAAAUGAAUUUAAAGAUUCGGAUGAAAUCGUGUCAUUUUGUCCAUAUUCUCGUCAUAAACAAUUUACUCGACUUCGACGUUUAACUCUUGAGAAUAUUGAUGAAGGAUCUUUCGUUCCAGUUUUCAGUCUNAAAUCGUGUCAUUUUAAUAUUGAUGAAGGUCCAUUGAAAUUUCUUCUACGACAAAUCGACCUUACUUCUCUGACAUCAUUUUCAGUAAAGUUCAGACGCGGCGACGAUAGACUUGCAAAGACAACAGAAGAAUUUCUUGCAUCAAUCAUUACACAACUAAAACUUGAAAAAUUAGAAUUUUUGUCCAAUAUUCAUUACAUAUUUGCUAAAGUUGAUUGUCCAGUUUUGUCGACAAUUCGAUAUUUAUCCAUCGGCUAUUGUAUCAGUCUACAUAUUUUAUGUCACAUCUUACAAUGUUCUCUUCAUUUACAUACACUUAUUCUGAAAAAUGGCUUUGGUCCAUGGUAUCUUACUAAUAUGCCAAAAUCCUAUCUUUCCACUACUUUUUCACAAGUACAAUCUCUAACUAUUGAAAACAUGUAUAACGAGAUCGAUACAGUCGAUGAAUUGCUUUCAUUAACAUCUUCAUUGAAUUAUUUAAAAAUUAUUUUCACAUGUAAUCAAAUGAAAUCUAUGCCGGACGGUCAUUAUUGGGAAAUACUGAUUCAAUCGAAACUAAUACAAUUAAACAAAUUUGAAUUCUUUUUUGAUCAAUACAAGUUUAUAAAACCCUUAGAAGAACUUGAAUCAAUGAAAUCUACUUUUCAAACAUCAUUCUGGGUCGAACAUAAACAAUGGUUUGUUGUCUGUGAAUAUGAAGGCACAAGUCUAUUCUAUUAUCGUUUCUAUACUCUACCAAUAUGUACAAGUGAGUUCAAGUGUAAGCGAAGUCUAAAACGACUUCCUUCUUCUGCUGUGACUAUGAUGACGGAAAACAAUACAGUUAAAUCGAUUCAUGAAUAUUAUAAUAAAGAAGAAGCAAUGAUAACUUAUCCACGUUUUGUCAAGGCAACGGAUCUAACAAUUGGCGUAAAUCAAAAAUUUUGUUCGUCACUAUUGUCAUUAAUUUAUCAAAAAGUUGAUGUUACAAAAUUACUGAAAAUAACACUAAAUAUUAAUAAUGUUGACACAAUGGCGGAAGAUUUAUUCAAAAAUUUUGUUCUGUGUAUCGAACAAGCAAGUAAUCUCUCAUCAUUAAGUAUUUGUGGGCGUCAUAUAAAUAGCCAAACAUAUUCAAACAUGCGUAAUAUAUAUUCAGUACUUCCACGUCAAAUAAAACAUUUAGAAAUUCAAAUUGAUAAUCUAAAUGCAGUAGAAGAAAUUCUAAUGCGUUGUAAUAACUUAUCAACAGUGAAAUUUGAUGCUGAAAAUCUUUUAAUUAAAGAAAUUACACAAUGGUUUAUUAAUAAUACAAUCAAUUCAAUUUGCUGGAAAUAUUAUCAAUCGAUAAGAGUGUGGCUUGGAAAGAAAAGAAAAUCAAACUAA